GUAGCUGUAACUCAAAAGUGGCGCCUAUAUUUGGACAUGGUCUGAUGAAAACCUCCACCACUUUAUAAUAAUUUCUAUACAUAAUUGAAAUGUAACCAAAUACAGUAAUGUCCACUCUACACGCAAGUAUCAACACAGUCCAGGGAAAAUAUAGAGGAUGCUGUGCAAGUGUAACAAGGGAUUUGUUAAAAGCAAACUCCUAGGUCUUUUGAAAAAUUAUCCUCUAAUGCGAACUGUUCUAAUAGAAGAGAUAGGCACAGUUACUUGAAAUGAAAAUAUUUCUUAAAUAAAAGUAAAAUUGUGCAUAUUCCAUUUUCAAGUGUGUUAACAAAAAAAUAGCUUUAUGUUUUGAGCUGGAAACAUAAACAAAAAGAAAAAAAAAAUGGGUUUAGAACCCCUCCAGAACUAUCUCGUUUAAAUUCUUGUGCCUUUCACUCUCUAUCAUUUUUCUCGCCUUUUCUAUUUAUUAUAUUUUUUCUAUUUGGUUUAUUUGAAAGGAUGGAUGGAGAGAAUCCAAUGUGUAAAAAAAAGUUAUUUAAUUUAGGGAAUUUCUUAAUACAUCUUAGUGGUAGUGAUGGAAAAAUACUCUAUGAAAAUUUGAAAAUGUCUUUUAAAUUUCAGACACAUCUCAUAUAUGCACAUCUCAUAUAUGCAUUGAUGCAUUGAAGUAAGCUCCAAUUUUAUGGUUAAAAUUAUUUUGAAAAUGUAUUUUCGAAGGGUACUUCAGAAAUGCAUUCUUGAACUUGUUGAGUAAAUAACUUAUUUGAAAAAAAAAUUGGAACUUGCUAAGUAAAUAACUUAUUUGAAAAAAAAAGUAAGAAAGAGAGAGAAUUACAUAUUUCAAUGGUCUAGUAGGAGAUAACACUUAUGUUUGUUAAAUAAAAUUUCGUCUGGAAAGUAUUUUUGGGGACAUUUCAGAAAUACAUUUUCAAAAUAAAUUUAAUCACAAAAUUAGAGCUUGUUUCAUUAACAAUUGAAUUGUGUGUAUUUGAAACAUGUCUAAAAACAUAUUUUAAAAAUCUAGAGAAAUUAUUGUAUUUUCACAUGAUAUGCUAAAAAUAUUUAAAGUGCAUUAAAAACUUCCUAUUAAUUUAUUCUAUAAAAAGCAAUUAUAAACAAACACGACACACCCCAUUUCCAAAAAAGCCCAAAAAAAAAGAGGAACCAAGAAAAAGUACCCUCAUAGUACACCUAAGGAUGGAACCCAAGGCCCACUGACAGCUCCAAAAGUGAUUCUCUUUUUUCCAACUUUUUGACAAAUGAAUAAGAAAAUAGGAAUAUGAUGAUAAAAGAACUUAAAAAACAGUUAUCUCCCGCGAAAAAGCACUUGCCGUGAUCAUGAAAUCAUAGUAUACACAUUUACAACUAACUGUAAAGCCUACACCUCCUCGUGACUCGUCACUCAUUCACUCGCUCAUUUCCCUUUCUCAUUCUUUCUUUUCUUUCUUUCUCUCUCUUUCUCUUCUCUCUCUUCCUUCCCCAAGCUUCCAUCGAUAAUGGUGAAGGAAACAGAGUAUUACGAUAUCCUCGGAGUCUCUCCUUCUGCUUCCGAUGAUCAAAUUCGCAAGGCUUAUUAUCAAAAGGCAAAGCAAGUUCAUCCUGAUAGAAACCAAAACGAUCCUAAUGCUGCACACAAAUUCCAGAUUUUGGGCGAAGCGUAUCAGGUUUUGAGUGAUCCGGUACAGAGGAAGGGGUAUGAUCAAAAUGGAAAGCAUUCUGUAUCUAGAGAAACUAUGCUUGACCCCAUGGCCGUCUUCGCCCUGCUUUUUGGAAGUGAAUUGUUUGAAGACUACGUUGGGCAUCUAGCUGUUGCAUCAAUGGCUUCUUCUGAACUAGCUGAUGAAAGUGAGGAUUUGCAGGAAAAGCUUAAGGCUGUCCAGAAAGAAAGGGAAGAAAAGCUAGCAAGAUUUUUGAAAGAUUAUCUCAGCCAAUAUGUCCGCGGUGACCAAAAAGGUUUCUUGCAGCGCGCUGAAUCUGAAGCACAACGGCUUUCUCAUGCAGCUUUUGGAGUUGACAUGUUACAUACCAUAGGCUAUAUAUACUCAAGACAAGCAGCUCAAGAACUAGGGAAAAAGGCCCUUUAUCUUGGAGUGCCAUUUCUGGCUGAAUGGGUUCGCAAUAAAGGACACUUUUGGAAAUCACAGUUAACAGCUGCUAAAGGUGCUUUUCAGUUGCUCCAACUUCAAGAAGAACUCAGCAGGCAAUUUAAAACGGAUGGUAGUUGCUCUGAGAAUGUUGACUCCCAUAUUCGUCUUAAUAAGGAUACUUUGUUGAAUUCACUGUGGAAGUUAAAUGUAGUGGACAUAGAAGUAACCCUUGCACACGUGUGUCAAAUGGUGCUAAAGGAAAAUAAUGUUCGGAAAGAGGAACUUAAAGUUCGAGCUACCGCUCUUAAAAUUCUUGGGAAGAUAUUUCAGGAAAAGAAUGCAAAAGGAGAAACACUGAAGAAGAAACACGCUGUUGAUUCUGAUGACGAAGGAAGCAGCUCUGAUUCAUCAGACGAUGAAUCAUCACAUAGAGCACUUACCUAUCGAACUCCUUUUUUCACUCAGGGUAUUGGUAGGCUCUUCAAAUGUCUUUGUAAUCCAGCAUUUGAUGUGGAUGAUGAAGAGAUAGUUUACAAAAGCAAAUAAUCCAUAUGCCUAUGGAAUACAAAACCAAAAUUUAGCCCUUGUCAAUAUUUCGUUGGAUGAUAUUACUGAAAGAAAUUGAGCAUAGUUUUGUGAAGACAAUGGUGCAAACCAUUAAUAUUUUGUUGUUUGUUGUAAUUACCUUGUCAUCAAAUUACAUGGGCAUACUAUACAUAACAUUUAAUCAAAUGUUAAUGCACUUGACUACAGCACAUGGCAAACUAUGUAAUCGACUAGCCAUGGUGAAAAUCUCUCUGUAUGAAUGUACUACAGGUGGCUCUAGAAUUUAAGAACCUGGAAAUUAAAAAUUGAAAUC